UUUACAGCUUGAUUUAAGCCCUUCAGGUGGCACUGCAGCGGCAGUCGGAUUGGGAGACAAGAAGAAGAAGAGGAAGAGGAGGAAGAAGCGGUAAUGGACGUAAACAAACAGCUGCAGGCGGAGAGGAUCAUCAGUGCCUCCCUCCCAGCUCUCCAGGACAUCUACCAAGAACGCUGCAUAUGCAGGGCCAACUCCAUCAUGAAGGACCCCUCCCACCCCUCACAUGGACUGGUUGUUGCCCUUCCAUCAGGAAAGAGACUGCGUAGCAUCAGAACCCACACAUCAAGCCAGGUCUGGUCUGGACGAAUCUGAGGACGAAACAUCUGGAGAAGGAAACUAUCACCAGUUAACCUGAUCACCAGCCUGGAACACCGGCAGCUGUGGUCGCCAGAACGCUAAAACGACGAGUUAAACGUCCAAUCAGCGGCCGGUGAUGUCGUGGGUGAAGCAGCGGUACCGUGACAUCAGCCCCGUGACCCUGCAGGUGGUGGGCGGAGCCGUGAGCUCCAGUCUGUACUGUGGGGAGGUGGAGGGGCUCCUAGGGGCCACGGCCGGGCUGGUGGAGUCCUUCCUGGUGGAGCUCUAUCGCUGCAAACUCUGUCAGUUCACCUGCUUCCUGAAGGCCUCCAUCAGCAGCCACUUGCUGCUCAGGCACCGCCCCCCCGGCCUCACCUGCCUGGGGGGCGGGGCUGAGGGUGGAGAGGAGGCGGGGCUGCAGCGGGGGGCGUCGCCUUAUCAGCUGGACCUGAACGGAGAAGCGAAGCAGAGCGACGAGGACGAGGACUUCCUGCUCUACAACAUGCUGGACAACAUGAGCCCGCCCACAUGUGACAUCAGCACCGAGGGGGGGCUGCAGGUUGCACACACCUGUGAGGUCAGCACUCUGUUUGAGGAGGAGGACUCGUCAAUGUUCCCUCUGAAGAGGAGCUCUGUGGACCUGUCCUGUCCAAUGGACCCCCCCUCCACCCAGGAGCAGAUGGCGCAGUCUGCUCACCUCAUGACUCUGGGUCUCUGUCGGAUCUCCAAACCGCCCCCUCCUCCCUCCACGACCUCCCCUGUCCAGAACCCCCCGCCCCCCCAGGCGCCAGCUCCGCCCCCCGACAGGCUGUCGUGUCUCCUGUGUCCGCUGACGCUGCCGUCCCGCCGGCUGCUGGACGUCCAUGUCAGGUCUCACCGCCCCGCCGGCGGCUUCAGCUGCAUCUGCUGCCGACGGACGGCCGACAGCUGGGAGGAGCUCCAGCCUCACUGGAGCGUCUGCAGGAGGAGGAGGAGGGAGGAGCUGGGAGACAGGAGGAGGAGGAAGAAGGCGGUGGCCUGUCAGAGGACGUUCAGGAACACCGCAUCACGAAACGCUCCGACUCACAAAUACAGCAGAUCCUCAGAUGAGUGGAGGGAGCAGCUGAUUGGACGAGCUGAAGGGAAGAAGAAGGAGCAACUUGACAGACCUCCAGGUGAUUCGCUGCAGAACGUCUCAGAGACCAAGAAGAAGACCAGGAGGAAGAGGAACGAAGGGACGGAGACGUCAGAGCAGCCGGCCUUCACCUGCUCUCUGUGUCAUAGGAAGUUCUCCUCCAAGCUCACUCUCAGGCGUCACCUGGGUGUCCACGGAGGAGACAAACCCUUCACCUGUCCUCACUGUACCUACAGCAGCAGACUGAAGGCCUCGCUGCUGCAGCACCUGAGGACUCACACAGGUGAGAAGCCGUACAGGUGUGCUGAGUGUCCGUAUGCGUCCAUCGAUCGCAGCUCUCUGCUCCGCCACAGUCGAACCCACAGCCAGGUGAAGCCGUACAGGUGUCAGCACUGUGACUACAGCAGCAUCCAGAAGAAGAGCCUGGACCUCCACGCUCGCCGGCAUCACACCGGGGAGGCGUUUCCAUGCCAACAGUGUGACUACUCAAGUCCGGACCGCCAGCUGCUGCUGAGACACAUCCGCCGACACCACACCCCCUCUCAUCACACUGCGCUCUGAUUGGACCGUUAGAGGCAGGCUCGCAGGGGACCAGAGACUCUGAUUGGCUAUGUAGGGGGUAGGGUCUGAUGAUGGAAGCAGGAAGUGUUUUUAUGGUUGCUUUUUUACAUCAAAAUAAAAGACGUUUGUCUGUG